CAUACAUAAGUUCAGGGUGUAUGUUGUUUAAAAAGAAUGGAUUUUAUUCAAAUUAAAUUAUAUCGGGACAUGAAUUACAGUUACCAUUUUAAAUACAAAUGAUAAUCAAGCAAAAAAUUAUUAAAUUACCUUUGUAACUUAUUUUUUAGUUUCCUAUUAUCCCUUUCUGUGGACUGUUCGCAAAGGCAGUUGCUACAUUUCGAUAUCAUUUAUUGUUGUUUGGUGAGAGUUAUCGUAUAAUAAAAUGCAAAUAUAUCUUUAGUAUAUAUGUCAAAUAUUUAAAAAUAUGCAUAUAAUUAUUAUAAAUAGAUUAAUUUAUAAUAAAAUUUUAAAUAAACAUUUAGUUACACGCAACCGCAUCACUUCUGUGGACUUAAAAUUUCGCCAAAAAAAUCAAUAUCUACUAAAAGUACUACUCACCACAUUUUUUUUAUACUGGCCACAUUAUAAAGCUAGCAUUGGCCAUUUUGGAUACAGCUACUGAGCGUUGGCGAUCGUUCGGAAUAUUUUUUAUAAAUUCAGUGGUGAUUUCGUAAAAGAUCGGUAGAACUUUUCUGUUCCUGAUAUAUUUCGCUACAUGAUGCCACGUUCAAGUAGAUCUAGGUUACAACUGAGUGAAGAACAAAAGAAAAAACGUAGGCGUGAGCAAAAAAAACUAAGUAUGCGCAGAGCUAGAUCAAAGUUAGAUUCUGUUGCUCUUGAAGAAAGACGCAAAAAGGACCGAGAAAGGUAUCAUCGUAAAAAAGAAGAGGGGCUGAUUAAGACCAUUAAAGACUUGAAACCCAGAGACCAGCGACAAUUACGGAAAAUGUGGCGAGAGAAAGCAAAACUUAGACGUGAGAAAGAGAAAAUAAAAAGAACGACUGAGCAAAUGUUACACGAAAAUACACCCCCUUCAAGUCCACAACCAUCAUCUUCACCACAACAAUCAUCUUUUUCACGAAUUCGGUCAGGAAAAGCAGUAGGUGCACGGAAUAAACGAAGAUUGAAGGCUAAAAAUGAAUAUUUAAUAAAUAGAUUAAUUGUUUUAAAACGAAAGCUAGCUAAAUACAGAAUGCGUCUACACAGAAUUAAAAAAGGACAGAAACGAGGUAACACUGUACUAGUCAAACGAAAAAUACAUGACUUUUUUAUUGACGAUGAGCAUAGCAGACUCACAGCAGGCAAAAAAGAGACUAUCACACGACGUAAAGUAAAAAAGCAAAUACGUCUGUUGAAUGACACAAUUCUCAAUCUACACAAGAUAUUUAACAAUAAGACGGGUUUAAACAUAUCAUAUGAGACAUUUCGUAGACAUCGUCCUUUUUGGGUGAUAUUUCCUAAAACAACUUCUAGAAAUACCUGUUUGUGUCGUCAACAUGCCAAUAACGAUUACAUUGCUAGCGCUCUACAUCAAGCUAAGAUAAUAUCAUUUUCUAACGCCACUGAUGUUGCCAGGUCGCUUUGCUGUGAUAACAUUCUGAGGGUUUCUUGUCUUGAACGAACAUGUACCCUAUGUUUUGAAAAAACUUUGGACUAUACGGUCAUCAAUGGGAAUGACACGAUUCUUUACCAAAGAUGGGUCACUAAGAAAGUGCCCCAAAUAAUUAAAGGCAAUGAAAAAUUAUGUCAAAAAACACUCAAAGAAUGCGUCAGAACUUCUCAUCAAUUACUUGUUAAUAAAUUUAAUAUAAGUUUGUCGACAUUUAUGCAACAUCUUGCAAAUAUAAUGAACCAAUACAAGGCUAUUCGAUAUAUUAAACAAAACUUAUCGCCAUCACAAUGUUUACUGCAUAUUGAUUUUUCCUGCAAAUAUGGAUCAGAAGUUCAGUCAGCCCACUUUGUGAGGCUGGACAUGGCAAAGGUGCUCCUGAUGGCGUAG